ACGUCCUGGAAGAGCACCUCGGGCAAACAGCCCUGCCGGCCGAGAGACUGGGGUGGGCUCUGGACCCCCCUACCCGGGGCGCCCCAUGUUGGGACCGCACCGUGGGCAUCGCUCUGCGCUCCGAGUCCUUCUCGGUGAAAUGGGCCUGUUUCUGCGCCGCCUCCCAGCGGCGACUGCGAGGAGCGGACGCGCGCAGAUUCGAGAGAAGCCAACUUGAAACCACAGCUAGACACCGAGAAGACCGUGUUCUCCAACAACAGUCACCCCUUCACGAAGUUACCAUGGUGGACACAGAGAUGCCAUUUUGGCCCACCAACUUCGGAAUCAGCUCCGUGGAUCUGUCUGUCAUGGACGACCCCUCCCACUCUUUUGAUAUCAAGCCAUUCACCACCGUGGACUUCUCCAGCAUUUCUGCCCCCCACUAUGAAGACAUUCCAUUCCCAAGGGCCGAUCCAAUGGUUGCUGAUUAUAAGUAUGACCUGAAGCUCCAAGAGUACCAAAAUGCAAUCAAAGUGGAACCUGUAUCCCCACCUUAUUAUUCUGAAAAGACCCAUCUGUACAAUAAGCCUCACGAAGAGCCUUCCAACUCCCUCAUGGCCAUCGAAUGCCGUGUCUGUGGCGAUAAGGCGUCCGGGUUCCACUAUGGAGUUCAUGCUUGUGAAGGGUGCAAGGGUUUCUUCCGGAGGACCAUCAGAUUGAAGCUUAUUUACGACAGGUGUGAUCUUAACUGUCGGAUCCACAAGAAGAGCAGAAAUAAAUGUCAGUACUGUCGGUUUCAGAAGUGCCUCGCUGUGGGGAUGUCCCAUAAUGCCAUCAGGUUUGGGCGGAUGCCACAGGCUGAGAAGGAGAAGCUGCUGGCAGAGAUCUCCAGCGACAUCGACCAGCUGAACCCAGAGUCUGCCGACCUCCGGGCCCUGGCCAAGCAUCUGUAUGACUCGUACAUAAAGUCCUUCCCGCUGACCAAGGCGAAGGCCCGGGCCAUCUUGACAGGAAAGACGACAGACAAAUCACCAUUUGUUAUCUAUGACAUGAAUUCCUUAAUGAUGGGAGAAGAUAAAAUCAAGUUCAAACACAUCACCCCCCUGCAGGAGCAGAGCAAAGAGGUGGCCAUCCGCAUCUUCCAGGGCUGCCAGUUCCGCUCCGUGGAGGCCGUGCAGGAGAUCACAGAGUACGCCAAGAGCAUCCCCGGAUUCGUAAACCUUGACUUGAAUGACCAAGUAACCCUCCUCAAAUACGGAGUGCACGAGAUCAUCUACACCAUGCUGGCCUCCUUAAUGAAUAAAGACGGGGUUCUCAUAUCCGAGGGCCAAGGAUUCAUGACCAGGGAGUUCCUGAAGAGCCUGCGGAAACCUUUUGGUGACUUUAUGGAGCCCAAGUUCGAGUUUGCUGUGAAGUUCAACGCACUGGAAUUAGAUGACAGCGACUUGGCGAUAUUUAUAGCUGUCAUUAUUCUCAGUGGAGACCGCCCGGGUUUGCUGAACGUGAAGCCCAUCGAAGACAUACAGGACAACCUGCUGCAAGCCCUGGAGCUCCAGCUGAAGCUGAACCACCCCGAGUCCUCCCAGCUGUUCGCCAAACUGCUCCAGAAAAUGACAGACCUCAGACAGAUCGUCACGGAGCACGUGCAGCUCCUGCAGGUGAUCAAGAAGACGGAGACGGACAUGAGCCUGCACCCGCUCCUGCAGGAGAUCUACAAGGAUCUGUACUAGGGGGCCGCUCCGCCCCGACCACGCGGCCUUCUCCCGACGGCACUACCGCUGCCAGGGGACAUCUGACACCUAAGAAAUUUACUGUGAACAAGCAUUUGAAAAAGCAAAGGUUUUAGAAUAUGAUCUAUUUUAUGCAUAUUGUUUAUAAAGAUACAUGUACAAUUUACUUUUAAUAUUAAAAAUGACCGUAUUAUAAAAUUGCCGAUUGCAUUUGAAAGCUGAGUCUGAUGUGUCUCCUGCCCUGCUCGGUGGGUUCGGGGGGAGGGGUCCCCCUGUUCUUCUCUUCUCAGACCCCUCCUUCUUUCCUUCUUUCUCUUUCUUUUUCCUC